GACUCACACACGUCUCCGGACUCGGUCCUCCUCCUUCCCGCAUCAUGCAUCCAGCGAGCCUGAGCUCAACCCGGCAGUGACGAGCGUCUCCACAGAGCCGAGCGCGUCCACCGACUGUGCGUAAAGACGCGAAGUCGAGGAGAGACUGUGCGCUUUUCUCCUGCCGCUGGAAGCCAAAAACAGGCGGGGUCGAAAGUUUUUGGAGGAUUUUUUUUCAUUCUAAUUACAACUAUAAUUAUUUAAAGAGGAAUAUUUUUGGUCCAAGCCUUUUACCAAGGACAUGGAGUACACGUCAUCCCCGAAACCGCAGCUGUCAUCCCGGGCAAAUGCUUUUUCCAUAGCGGCCCUGAUGUCCAGCGGGAAGCCCAGCAAGGACAAAGAGACGGAGGAGAGCACCAUCAAGCCUCUCGUUUAUUUUUUAUUUUAUUUUAUUUCUCUCUCUGCGUGUUGUUUAUCCUCUGGACACCUGAUCAUCGUUCACCCACGUGUUCCUCUCCAACAACGUUUCUCUCACCACUUCCGGGGUUUCUUCUUCUUCUUCUCCUCCGGUGGCAGGUUGUACGUGCACCCGGACUCUCCGUUCACCGGGGAGCAGCUGAUGAAGCAGAUGGUCUCCUUCGAGAAGGUGAAGCUGACGAACAACGAGCUGGACCAACACGGACACAUCAUCCUGAACUCCAUGCACAAGUACCAGCCACGAGUCCACAUCAUCAAGAAGAAAGACCACACCGCCUCACUGCUCAACCUCAAGUCUGAGGAGUUCCGCACCUUCGUCUUCGUGGAAACCGUCUUCACGGCCGUCACAGCCUAUCAGAACCAGCUGAUAACCAAACUGAAGAUCGACAGCAACCCGUUCGCCAAAGGAUUCCGGGACUCGUCGCGGCUGACGGACAUGGAGAGGGAAAGUGUUGAGAACCUGAUCCACAAGCACUCGUACGCCCGGUCGCCGAUCCGAACCUACACUGGCGACGAGGAGAACCUGGGCGAGGACGGACACUCCGCACACGCCAGAGGUUCAGCGUUCACCGCCUCAGACAACCUCUCUCUCAGCUCCUGGGUCACCACCACAUCGGGCUUCUCUGGCUUCCAGCACCCACAGUCCCUGUCGGCGAUGAGCACUGGCGCCGCCUCCCUGCCCCACCCCAUCCAGGGCUCCCUUCCCCCCUACAGCCGGCUGGGCAUGCCGCUGACGCCCAGCGCUCUGGCUGGCACCAUGCAGGGCAGCGGGCCGUCCUUCCCAUCCUUCCACAUGCCCCGCUACCACCACUACUUCCAGCAGGGGCCCUACGCCGCCAUCCAGGGACUGCGCCAUUCCUCCACGGUCAUGACGCCCUUCGUAUGACUCCAUCCUUGGGAGGAGACGACUAAAACCUCACACUAGCGUUCACCCCGAGUCCAGUGCAACAAGUUAGUCCUCCACGCCGGCUCAUCACUCCUCAUCCAGUUUGUAUCUUUCCUCCGGUGUUUGUAAAUAGUUCACAGCAGCGGGCGAGCGGGCGGUGACACUACGAAGAGGACGUCGCUUCCUGAAAGAGAAUCCAGAAGAAAAAAAUUAAAAAAGGACUGAAAGAACCCAAGAUCUGCGGAAACACCAGCAGGUCCACGGGUUUCUAUGACAACUGCAACAUCUAACACAAGACAACAAAGGGAGCAUGUUUGAAGAACAGUGGAUCCUCAGUUCAAACCAAAUUUAACAAUAUUUCGAAGACCACGUCUUCCUCUAAAGAUUCAACGUCUCCACCGAGCUUUAAACACGGCAGGUCGCUGCGUGAUCCUUCAACGGUGCAACUUGCAAAUGACUUCCUGGAGAGACUCGUAUCUGACGCUGCAGUACGUUGGACAGCGGAGCUCAGUCUGUGAACUCUUCAGCGUAUCAGAGAGGCCGCCUCAGCUUUUCUGUGUUUUCUAGAAAGCAGCCAUAUGUACAGUACAAAGUUCCAACACCUCCACGCUCUGUUGAAAACACAUGUUAAAAUACAUUGUACAAAGACGAAAAUACUGCAUUUACUCAUAGGAAAAUUCUCACUGUAGAGUGCAAAAAAAAAAGGAAAAACCAUAGGACGCAUGCUGACGCAGUAGACAAACACACUGGGUGAACUUUAUAUGGAAUAUUAUGGGAUGAAUAUGUUCACCUGCAACCGGGUCGAAGGGUUUUUAUUUUCUUUCGAGGUCAAACCAGCGUUUUAAAUGGCGAAGAAAUUCUUGGAUCAAUUGAAUGUUUAGAUUUUUUUUUUCAGGGGCAGAGAAGUUCAGCAUUUUCUUUCACCUCAUUAAACAACAAAAAAAGACUCAACUCCAAAAACCAACAUUAUGAACUGAAUAAAAGAUUAUUCAUGAGGAUAAUUUCCGAUCAAUCGUGAAUAAAAAUGAAAUCCUGACAACAAAAUGUCAGCAGGAAGUAAAAAGAGAAAAUACAAAGAAACUGUUGCUGGAAUCUUCCUGGCCUUUUAGCAUGUUAGCCGUUAGCUCACAGCCACAUUAGUUGAAUACACACACACACGCAAACAACAGGAGUGAAGGAUUUUUAUUUCCUUUAAAGGUCAAAAUCAAACCAGCAUUUGAAACACGAAAAAAAUUCUGCAAAGAUACAAAUUCAUUUUAAUUUAAUCUUCAGACUUCCAUAAACUUGUAUUUCCCCUGUUUACUCUGUUGCUAAUUGCACUGACUUGCUCACCGCCACUUCAAUAAUUUACUUUAAAUGUCAGGAAGUAAAAAAAGAAAAAGCUAAACUCGAGGAGCUUCUUUGACCGAAUGUUUCCAGCUUCAGUUCAUCAGUUAUCUUCAUGGGGAUUCUCUAAAUCAACCAAACAUUAAAUUCCACUGUGUCACUCUCUGUUGUGACUGAGCCUAAAUUCAAGUUUCACUAAAACCCAUUUUGAAAUAUCUUCAAUAUUUCCAGUGUGUAAAACAGCCCCUCAAUGUUUUCCUUCUGUUUCCACUGAAUGAAACACACAGAAACAUUUGAAGUGCGGUUUGUAAACAGCAUCUACUGUAACUCUAACGUUCGUUCUGCUGACUGUCGACCGAAGCCUUUUAGCAGUCGGCCUCCAGCAGACUCUCCCGAGCUGAUUCGUGUCGGAGCGUGACGACAGGGCGUCCACGCCUGGAAAUAAUGGCUCCGUGCAGUUUGGUUUAAAAAGGGAGGAGGAAGCUGCAGGAGUCGACUCACACACUCAGUUAAUGAAGCGAUUUAUUUAGAAACACAUAAGAAACUAAAAGCAGGAAGAUGGUCCGAGAAACUACAGGAGCCAGACUGAACAACCGGACAAAGUUCAGUUUGUGGCCAAAAUAUUAAUUUAAAAAACCACAUUACUAUUGUGAACUUUGACCAUUAAGAAUAUUUUUCAACUUUAAAAAGAUCUAUAAUAAUUAUUAUGUUCUAUUUGAUUGUUGAAUUAAUAAUUUUGUCCACAUUCUUCAGAAAUACGUAUAAUAAUGUUUUAUUUAACAGACCACAAUGCAAAACAAAAAUACUUUGAAAUCACCAUUAAUAUUAUUAAUGUCAGAAAAACAACAAACACACACAUUUGAGAAACAGGAGCUGGUGAACGUUUUCUUUAAAAUUGAAAAAUUCUUGAUUUUGAAAAUGUUGAGAGAUGAAGAAAAGAAGCUGUUGGUUCUUUUGCCGUGGAUCAAAAAAUGGAUUCACUGAAUCAUCUCAGCUCAAACGUUGAAGGAUCCAUGUCAAAAAUAUUUAUCUUCUACAUUUAUUCAUAAAUUGAUAUUUGAUUUUCAAAACCAAGUAAACCAGUAUCACUACAGCAUCUAGUUUGAUUUGAGCUUCACCCAAAAAAACAUGAACUGAAUUACAGUCGGACUUGUUCAUCCUGUUUCGGUCUCUCUCAUUCUUCAGCUCUGUUUAGUUUAAGAAGCUGAAAUAAUGAAAUCAUUUAACGGUCCUGGUUCAGAGGGAGGUUCAGCGUCAGGUUCAGUCAGAGACGUGUGUGCAAUGAACAAAGAUGUUUUCAGUGCUCGGACAGAAUUUCAGUCUGUGUAAAAAAGGUUUCACAAACACUGUAAAUGUUCCUGUUUGACUUUUGCCAUAUUUUGACAUCAUAAGACGCCUGAUUCUGUAGAAUGUGGACGUUCAUGUUCUUUGUGCGUCAUUAAUGUGGAAGCAGUUGAUUUAUUCUCAUUUGUGUGUUGAUGGAAAAAGUACUUGGGUCCUUUUCUCCAGUAGUUUCCUUCUUUCCACGUCACAACAACACUCUUUGAACCAAACGCACAUUCCCGACUUACCACUGAGAAUAUUCUCUCUUUCCUUCUUAUUUUUUUAUGUUUUAUUUCCUUUUAUAUUCCAUAAUCUGAAUACGACACCGGACGAGAUUGUGUUUUGAUGAUUUUUUUUUUUUUUAAGUGCAAUAUAUUUAUUUUGCUCUCUGGAAAUAAUGUGUAAUGUACGAUGCCGCAUUAAAAAAAAGUAGUUAUUUGUAAACCUUGAGAAAUAUAUAUCACCACUCAAACACUUUGAGGUUCUUUUUCUUUUUCGGAUAUUGUGUAAGUUUCUCUCUCACAGUGAAUCACAGAUGUUCAGA